AUGGAUAAUUCAAACCAAACCAACGUGAGGGAUUUUAUCCUGCUUGGCCUCGCCAGUACUGCUGCCCCCUACCUGCAAGCUUUCUGCUUCCUCCUAUUACUGAUCAUGUACAUAAUCACAUUGCUGGGAAACCUUCUUCUGAUCACGGUGGUGAGAGUCAACACUCAGCUUCAGACCCCAAUGUACUUCUUCCUCACUCACCUCUCCAUCAUUGACAUUGCCUUCUCCUCCACCAUCGUCCCCAAGAUCCUAGCAAACACAUUAGAUCAGGACAAACGCAUUUCAUUUUUAGGAUGUGCCACCCAGAUGUACUUCCAUCUUGCACUUGGAGCCACAGAAUGUUUAAUAUUGGCCGCCAUGGCUUUAGACAGAUACGCUGCUAUCUGUAAACCUUUACAGUACAAUACAAUCAUGGACAAUAGGCUCUGCCUGUGCCUGACUACUGGUUCAUGGACAGUGUGUUUUCUUUUCACUAUAAUGCAAACUUCCUUCACCUUCCAACUUCCCUACUGCAAGUCUAACCAUGUCAACCACUAUUUCUGUGAGAUGCCUCCACUCUUCCGACUCUCAUGCAGAGAUACUCUGUUUAAUGAAAUAACAGUGUAUAUAGCUAGUGGCUUAUUUGCCAUUUCCACAUUUUUGCUGAUAUUUAUUUCAUAUGUCCACAUAUUCUCCAAUAUAUCAAACAUUAAGUCAAAUGAUGGACGAUACAAGGCUUUCUCCACGUGUGUGUCUCACCUCACUGUGGUUUUCAUUUAUUAUGGAGCCAUUUUCUUCAUGUACAUGCGUCCACAAUCUAGUUAUUCGCCUAACCGGGACAAGAUUGUGUCCCUCCUCUACACAGUUGUGACUCCCAUGUUGAACCCAAUUAUCUACAGUAUCAGGAAUAAACAGGUCACAAGCACUAUAAGAAUGGCACUGACCCUUAAACGAAAUACCUAUUCAUAG